AUGGAGAAGGCGCCGCGCUCUAUCCUCGGCGGCGGCUCGCUGGAGUGGGUCUGGGCAGCCAUCGCCUCGGGAGACCUCAGCGCCGUCCGCGCGGCGCCGCCGUGCUUCGACAUGGGCAGCGUGCACCCGCUCUACGGAAGCGUGCUCACCGCGUUCCUGCCCGCGCUGCUGGGCCUGGAGGGGCGUUUCCUGGAGGGCGGUGGCGGCGACCGCGCGCGACUGAUGUUGGACAUCGUGGAGGAGCUCGGGAAUCGCGGUGCGAGGCCUGAUGCCGUGAUCCCGUCUGCGGACAUCGUCGUGAAGGGACUCUACCAGGAUUGGCGGUUGCGUGGUGACCUGACGCCCAUGCAGGCCGUGAUCCAGAUGCGGAACGACUUGCUUCGCUACAAGUUCACGCAUCCGCCCCCUUCGGCAGAGGAUUGCGACGGUGCCAGCAGCGACGCGAGCGUCCUCAGCCGGCUCAUCGACCGGUAUGCCGCGCUCUCGGCUCAAGCCGGGAGCAUCAGGGCGGAGAGGUCUUUGGUCCCAGAGGCCGUGGUUCAGACUUGGGAGCGUUGCUGGCAGGACAGGUCCUCGGCGGAUGUCGACCUCGUGUCGCCCGACGGCUUGUCAAAGGCGCACUCGCUGGUACUAUGUGCGGCUUCGCCAGUGUUGGCAGCAAUGCUAUCGUCGAGCAUGCUAGAGGGGAGAGCUCGCAAGAUCCCUGUCGACUCUGCAGUCCGGGUGGUCGACAUGCUGCUCUUCGUGAUGUACACCGGCUGCCUCCCAGAGGAGGAGCCAGAGGAGCCGCCCAAGGUCUCCGAGGGGCUCAAGGUGACCGUGAGGAGCGCUCUCGCGUCCAACAGCGCCAACAGCGUCCUGCUGCCCGCGGGGCUCUGCGGCGAGGUGCACCGGGUCGACGACAAGGGCGACGCCCUGAUCAAGUUCGACGGCAUUGGAGCACGGCAGUGGAUCACGAGGAGGAACUUCUCCUGGCUGCGGGCGGCGGCCGCCGCGGGCGCGGCCACGCUGCAGAGGGACCUCGCGGGGGCCUUCGCCGUGGCCCACUGCUGGCAGAUGACGGGCCUCGCGGCCGUGCUGGCCGAGCGCCUGGAGCGCGGGGUCACCGCCGAGGGGCUCGAGCCCACGCUGGAGGCGGCGGUGCUGCACGGAGCAUCCAGGCUCCGGGAGGUCUGCCUGGCUUUCGCGCGCUCCUCUGGGAGGGUGCGCGAGGCGUACGAUGCUUCCGCCUACUGCCCGUGCGUCCUCGAGGCACUGCAGGACGCCUUCCAGCGCGAGGGCAGGAAGAGGGGAAUGCCGCUGGCGCUGCUGCACACCGCCGAGCGCGGCAACCCGGCCGUGGCGACAGGGCGCGCCCUGGUCGCCAUGGGGCAGAGCUUGUCCGAGCAGUGGCAGCGUGUCACCGGUGACCCACAGUACCUCUGCGGCGCGCAGCCAAACGCCGUCGGCCUCGCCGUCUCGGGGGUCUGGACCCGCCUCUUCGGCAAGCGUGAGGUGUGCAUCAUUAUGGUUGGUCUCGACGGAGCUGGCAAGACUACUGUGCUGUACCGGAUGAAGCUCGGCACGAUAGUGACCACAGUCCCCACGGUGGGUUUCAACGUGGAGAGGCUUGAGUACCAAAACCUUGUAUUCACAAUUUGGGACCUCGGAGGCCAGACGAGGACACGCAAGCUUUGGGAGCAUUACUAUCAGAACACGGACGCUCUCAUCUUCGUGGUGGACAGCUCCGACCGAGAACGCAUAGAGGAAGCCCACGAAGAGCUUCUGAAGAUGCUUCAUAGAGAGGAGAUGAGGGACGCGGUGUUGCUGGUCCUGGCCAACAAGCAGGAUUUGCUUGACGCCAUGACGACGCAAGAGCUCACCACCAAGCUUGGGCUAAAUGGCCUCGGCAGGAGCCGAAAGUGGUUGGUACAGGAGACAACUGCGACGGUCGGGGACGGGCUGUAUGAAGGUCUCGACUGGCUUGCUCUUACUGUCGCCACCAACCACACGGGCCAGCGGAGCAGCACCCCGAAUCACACUCUGGUGAAGGGUGAGCCGCCGGGCCGCUGCGCUCCGGCGAUGGCCUCCGAGCUGGGGCGCCCCGUGGCUCACGGGGCCCUCCUCGUGGCCACGUCGGCGCUCUCCUGCUGGAACCUCCUCGCGGAGACCCUCCACGUCACGGCGGCGAACACGGCCGUCCUGUGCGCGGCCCGCGACGCGACGGCGCUGGCGGUGCUCUGCGCCGCCGAGGCCCACCGCCUCGCGUGCGCCGCGCGCCGCGGGCGCGCCGGCCGCUGCGAGGGCGGCGCCGCGGCCGCGGCCCCGGCGGGCCGCGAGGACUGGGCGCUGCUGGCCACCGUCGGGCUCCCGGGGCCCUUCGUGGCCUCGCUGUGCACGGUCCUCUGCGCGGCUUGGGCUGGCGCCGACGCCGUGGGCGUCCUGAACGCCUUGGCGCCCGCCUUCGCCAGCGGCCUCGCCGCCAGUUGCGGCCUGGAGCGCCCCACGCGCCGCUCGGCCGUGGGCGUCCUGCUGGGCGUCGGGGCGGGUCUGCUGGCCACCGCCGCGCCGGUGGCCGGCCCCAGCGCCCACGUGGGCGGGGGCGCGCCCCGGCGGCCACUGGUAGGCACGGCCGCAGGUCUGGCGAUGGCCUUCCUGCAGGGGCUCUUCCUGGUCGCGAUGAAGCCGCUGCUGGUGGCCCGCGGCCACAGGCGGCCGCUGGCGCCCUCCACGGUCACCAGGCUGGCCUACGCCUUCGCCUCGGCGGCCUCCCUGCUCGCCCUCCUUGCGCUGGCGGCGCGGGAGGGCUGGGGCUGGACGCUGACUGGCUGGAGGCGCCAGGACACAUGGCUGGCCCUGUACGCGGGCACCGUGUGCGGGGCGCUGAGCUACUCCCUCAUCGCUUGGGCGAGCUAUAUCCUGCCCGUCACCGUGGUCACGCUGUACGCGGCCCUGCAGCCCCCGCUCACGGCGCUCGUCGCCUUCGCCGCCCGGGGGGAAGCGCUGAGCGCCGUCGGGCUGGGGAGCAUGGCCCUCGCCGUGGCAUCGCUGGUGGUCGCCGCCGACAGCGGGCUGGCGGAGCGCCCCGCCGCGCAGGCCGCGCCCGCGGGCGCGGGCGAGGCGCUCGUGCGGGCGUCCACGCGUGGCGGCUGCGGGCUGGCCGUGGCCCCGUCGGGCCACCCAGCGGCCGGCGGCGGCGGCGGCGGCGGAGGGCGCGAAGUUCAGAAGAACGAGCAGGCCCGCAGAGGUAGCGCCGGCAAGGGAGACGGCUGGCGCAGCCGCGCCCGCGGCCGGAAGGGCGCCGGCAAGGAGGCCGCCGUGGACUUCGGCUGGAGCCGGUCUGCCGGCAAGGGCGCGGGCAACGGCAGGUCUGGCGGCGGCCGCAGGGGAGGCGGCGGCAAGCAGCAGGGGGGCAACAGAGAGAAGGAGCUGCCCUCGGAGAAGGACCUCGACCAGGCGUUGAACGCAUACUUUGGCAAAGAGUCGUCGGCGCCUACAACAGCCGCGGCGACGGCGACUACGACGCCAAGCGUCACUACGGUUGAUUCCGAGGCGGAGAAGAAGCUGAAGGAGGCGAGGGCGAAGCGGUUCGGCUUGCAGGCGGCGCCCGACGAGACGAAGCCAGCCAAGCCGGAGGCGAAGCCGGAGGCGAAGCCG